GCCCGCCCGCCCCACCGCCGGUCCGGAAGUCAGCUUUCCCAUCCGCCCCCGCGGGUCCGGAAGUCAGCCGGCUUAGCCCCCCAGCUCCGGAAGUCGGAGGCCGGCGGGUCCUGAAGCCUGGCGGUCCGGCCUUUCCCCGCGUCCGCGCCCGCAGGGAAUAUCUGAAAAGCUACCCAGAACGGGGUCCCUGGAGCCAGCAUUUCGAGCGUAUUGCAGCGUGCAGGGCAGAAUUCUCCACGUGUGGAAGAUCAAUCCCCUUUGCUGACUCGUUCAUUAAACCAGUGCUCUGGACCCUCCGCUCCCUCCGCUCCCUCCGCUGGGUGCAGACUGUUCUUCUCGGCAGCUGUAGGAGACCGUAGAGCUGGCUUUUUCGCCCCCCAGUCUCCUGUUGAAAGUUGUGGCAGCACGUUCCAGGGAUGUAUAUGCAGGUGGAGACACGCACCAGUUCCUGCCUCCAUCUGAAGAGGGCUCCAGGCAUCAGGUCCUGGUCCCUGCUGGUUGGAAUCUUGUCGAUUGGCCUGGCUGCUGCCUACUACAGUGGAGAUACUCUGGGCUGGAAGCUCUUCUAUGUCACGGGCUGUCUGUUCGUGGCCGUGCAGAACCUGGAGGACUGGGAGGAAGCCGUCUUCAAUAAGAGCACCGGGAAGGUCGUGCUGAAGACGUUCAGCUUGUAUAGGAAGCUGCUGACUCUCUGCAGAGCAGGCCAUGAUCAAGUGGUGGUCCUGCUUAGUGACAUCCGGGACGUGAACGUGGAGGAGGAGAAGGUCCGGUUCUUCGGGAAGGGCUAUGUGGCAGUGCUUCGGUUUGCCACGGGCUUCUCCCACCCCCUCACGCAGAGUGCUGUCAUGGGCCACCGCAGUGACGUGGAAGCCAUCGCCAAGCUCAUCACUACUUUCCUGGAGCUGCACUGCCUUGAAAGUCCCAUGGAGCUGUCUCAGAGCAGUGACAGUGAGGUCGAUGGCCCUGGGGACCAGAGCUGACCUCCACGGAACCCCCGCCUUGGUUCUGGUGGGGCCCCAGCAGGACUGAUGGGCCGCCUCCAAGUCCUCCUCCUCAGCUCCCGGCUGUGUCCCUGGAAGCCCCGGGGCAGGACCCUCAGCCGCUCCUGCUGCUUGCUUCUGUCGUCUGAGAAAAACCACAGUGGGACCUUCUCUGCAGGCUCCGAGGGGUCCAGAGAGGGCACAGGCCUCAGAUCUGUCUCUUUCUGGAAUCAGACAGCCCACUGGGGCAGCGGCCUGGUGUGGACAGGCCAGACGUGCUAGCUGUGGGGGGCUCAAGGCCUCUGAAACGGGAAGGAAGAACACCCAGGGUCCCAGGGUGUGAGGGCCAGGGCUGAGCUCUUUGGGUCGAGAGGUUUGCCAGGACCAGGUCCUGGGGGUUGCGGUGAGGCUCCAGCAGGCCAGCGCAGGGCCAGCGUCUGGGUGAGGCUCUGAGGAUGCUGCCGCACACGUCAUCCCCAGGAAUCCCAUCUCCUGCCCUGCUCCCCACGCCCAUCCCUCCCCGCAGCCAGAUGUCCUCAGUGGUCAGAAGCGAGGUGCUUGCCUGCGGAGCUGCCAGGGCUCAGGGUGGACGCUAAGGGGCACGCCUGGUUGGUGUGCGCAGCCACUCCUGAGGCUUCCACAGCCCCCAGACUGCUGUCCACUCAGGUGGCUCAUCUCGAGUCCAACCAGGAUUGCAGCCAGGCUCUCACAGAGAGGAUAACCUCCCGCCCCUGCCCCCAGAGUAGGCAGAAGUUCUCUCUUCUAGCUUUGUGCAGCAUUUAAAAACCUGGACCCACGCAAAAAAAACAAACAAAAAACCUGGACCCAUCCCUCAGAACCCAGAUUCCCAGCUUCUCUUGAACUCUGGUGCUGGGCCUGUGUGUUUGGGGCCGGAAUCGCUGGGCUCAUGGCUGCCCCUCAGCAGUGCCUGAGCAGCUAGCUGCAGCCACCCUUGUGGAGUCUGGGUGCCAGCCACACUGACCCUCAACUGCACUAUUAGUUUUCUCCUGCUUUCUCUGAACCUAGGCUCCUCCGAGGUACAGCAUGUGCCCAGAGCACCUCUGAGUGAGGGACCCGUGAGGCUGUGCACCUGGGAAUGGCUGCAUGGACCAGGGGUUCUGAGGCUGCCUGGGUGAGAGAUGGCAACUUCCAGGGAACUCCAGAGAAAUGAGAUCCUCUCCCUUACCAGUGGUGGCCGCCAGCCAGCCCUUAAUUUGGGCACACAGUCAUUUAAACAUGCCAAAGUUAGGUUUCUAAAUGGUUAAACCUGAAAUACUUUUUUCUUAAAAGGUGUGAAACAGCUAUGGUUGGUUUCUUGUGUGUUUGCCCCUGGGCUGGAGGAGGGAGGGUGUUUGGCCAGCUCCCCUCUCCCAGGGCUGGGCUGUGCGAGGAGGGUCUCCAGACCAUCGUGAGGGCCAGUAACUAAGUCUUUCAGAGUUCUGGCUUCCACUCUCCUUUUUAUUUUGAAAGAAUUAAAGUUCUAAUGCUGAUCACUG